UUUUGACACUUUCCCAGUUGACGUAGAAAAUUUUAAGUCCGAAUAUGUGCUCGAUUUCGUUUGAUAAUUUAUAAGUUGUUGGAAAGCUGUCUCUCUAUUUUGCCAUUUAGUACCGUUUGUUUAUAAAUGCAGAAAAUACGUGAAGCCCUGGCGAAGUUCUUGUUUUGCAUUUAUCGGCUGGAGCGUAACUUUUAGCAAAAAUGUGAUAUGUUGCUGUCAACAAAUAUUCCCAGUUUAUUAAUACCAUGUAAAUAUUUAAUCUCCCCUUACAUAACCUUUGUCUUUUGCUCAAAAUGUAGUCAACGCUUUGCGUAGUAAAGUAUGUUGGCUUCUGCUAAGAAUAUUUUACAAUGGCAAAACGCCGAGAUUAUCGUGUUGGGAGAAUAGGAACACACAGAGCAGUAAGCAGCUUGGAAAAACGGGCUUAUAUCUCACUUACAAGCUCAGCAUAAAAUUUUUAAAGCCAAUCGGAGCGACAAUGGCAUCUGCAGAGAGUGGUGCGGACGAAGACGAGGAGCGGCGCAUCAUGUCGCUGCUUCUCGGUCCGGGCAAGAUGGAACGCGACCGAGGCGCUGUCGAGCUGCAGCGCCUGCUCAACUCCGGACCCGGGGACGGUGGGGGUGGGGGCGUGCACCUCCGCCUCGGCCCACAGCUGCUGGCCAGCGCGGGCUCACUCAUCCCCACCUCGGUCGCCUCCCCGUGCGAGGCUCGACUGGGCGCCCUGGUCGGUGCCAAGGUUCUCGUCCCCCAUCUUCACCCAAAUGAGAAUCGGUGUGAGGCCGAGCUGGCAGAGGCGGCCCGGGAUGUGGCACUCCGGACACUCGAUGACCCGGAAACUAGGGUGCGGGUGGCAGCUGGUGAAGUUUUGGGAGCACUUUGUAGGCAGACAGGGGUACAGACGUUCCUGGAAAGCCGUGAGGUGCUGCUGGACAUGAUUAGGUCCAGCAUCGAACAGUCCCCGGUACCUGCCGACGAGGAGGAGGCACCACCCCCGCCGCCACCUCCGUCGUCCUCAAUGCUGCUCGAUGUUCCAGAUAAGAUGGGUCCACUGUCACGCAGGCGUGGGAGUGAGUUGGUGGGAUUACGUCCACUGGACGGGGAACGCGGUGGAAGUGGCGCUGUGACAGUAGCGAGCCGCCUAGAGACGACGUUGCGCUGUCUCCGUAGCAUGGCGGACGGCUGCGGCACAGCCCUGCAGCCACACGUAGAUCGGGAACUGCUGCUGGUGGUGAUAUCUGUGCUGGCUCACCGUGACCGCUACGUCAGGGAAGCGGGGUUUGCGGCAUGUGCAGCAAUAAUGUCCUCUUGUAUCUGGGAUGGUGAAUCAGAAUUUGAGCAGGAGGACAUGAACCCUGUGUUUGCAGUGGGGCACGAGCUGUGUGGGCACCUGGCAAAGGGUCUGGAGGACACCUGGAGUCAGGUGCGGCUUGCAGCAUGUGUAGCUGUGCGGAAAUUUUUCCUGGCUCUGCCGGAGAAGUCUCGCAAUGCCUUCUAUCCCCAGCUGCUGCCUAGGAUGUGCCUGAACAGGUACUACAUGGUAGCAGAAGGUGUGAGAUUGUAUUCGCAAGAAACGUGGCGACAGGUAGCGGGAGCGGCAGGGGUGGAGUUGGUGGAGUCACACUUGGAGGCAGCGGUCGCGUACUACGAAAAGGUGGCGCUGGACGCAGACGGCGACGCCGCAGCCAGGGAGGCUUCCUGCUCGUGCUUCGGGGAGGUGGCGGCCAAACUGUCCCACUGUGUGGUGCGGCCACACACGGGCCGCAUGCUCAAGGUGCUGCUAACCUGCUUCAGGGAUGACUGCUGGCCAGUCAGGGAUGCUGCUUGCAUGGCGUGUGGCAGUUUGGUAUCCUGCUUUCCAGAUGAGAGUCGCAGUUCUCUGCCAGAGAUGUUGCCACUCUUCCAACGCAGCUUACAAGACUCUGUUGCAACGGUGCGGCAGGGGGCGGCAGCGGCCUUGGCGUGUGUGGUGCGCUCCCUGGGCUCGGAUGCACUGGCGGCCGCCAUCCAUCUGCUGGAGGAGGGCCUGGCUGGUGUGCAGCAGCAGCCCGCCACGAGGGCGGGGGCGGGGGCGGGAGUGGGCAUGGCACUCGAGAGCACUGGUGACAAUCGACCCCUCAGGCAGAUAUUUAUGUCUGCAUCUUACACUCAGCGCAUUGGCCGAAGUGCUUCCACAACGGGUUGGUCAGAUAAUCCUUUCAACAAGCCAACCCUGCCAUGGCACUUUGCUGAUGGGUGCAUCCACCUCCUCACUGAGCUGGCACAGGUAGCAGAAUGUGUGCCUGCCGUCAUCGCUGCCGUGCCGUUGGCUGCUGAGGCGUGCCAGUACCGCCACUAUGAAAGCCACGUGUGCUUACUGGAAACCGUGUGUAAGCAGCUCCCACUGCUGGCAAAAGCUGUUGGCAAGAAGAGUUUCAAGGCACUACUGCCCGACUUCCUGGAGCCUGUCUUCUAUGCCCUGGAGUGUGAGAAUUCCCUAACUUCAAGUGCAUCGAGCCAGUGCCUGAACCAGCUGGGAUCGAUUCUGGGCCCGAAUGUUCUACGUGCUAUGGUACAGCAAUUGAAUCCCAGGUUUCUGCAACAUCUAGAUGCCAAUGUAUACAUUGCUCCGUUUUAAGGCGGCAACAGACACGCUCGUUCCGCACUGACCUCUUUCUGUCCUAUCUUCUGUGAUAUGUUGUGCUGUUGGUGUGCUGGUGCACACAGCCUCAGGUUUCCUGUGUCAACCGUGAUGUAGUUACCUGUCUCAGAAUUAUAGUAUUGGUGUUUUUCUAGUCAUUAUUAAUGUGUGUGACUGUAUGAAAUAAGCUUUUAUGAAAACAAGUGUUUUUCUUAUAGUUGGUAAAUCUUAUUGUAGUGCCUCAGAAAGAUCUGUAAGUAUUAUCAGAGCUGAGUUUUAGUGUGAUUAAACCCCCCCCCCCUCGAAGAAUCCUAUCUCAGCCUGUGUUACGUACCUUGCAUAAUUUCUUCUGUUGUUAGCUGCAGAUUAAAUAGUCAGUAGUUCUGUUACCAUUUGUAUCAAAUAUUCUAAAUCCUUGAAGGAAGAUAUAUUUUCAGUUGAUGUAACAAAUCAGCCUUUGUUUGUAUCAUGUACAUUUAUUAUUAUCUGUUUUCCAUGUUGUUUAACAAUUUUAAUCCUUACAUAAGACAGUACUUCUCAUUAUAUGAGUAUUUGUGUAUUUUUCUGUGUGCAUGUUUAUAUGUAUAGAUAAUGAUGUGUCAGUAAGGAUAAGCUCUAUGUUUGUGACAAAAGAAACUUGUGCCUACUUCAAAACGUGACCUGAAGCAAAUGGCAGCUUUGUGAGGUGGUUUUCUCUUGCAGAAUACAUUAGUGACACUGGAAAGUAAUAUAUUUUCCAUUUAUAAAAUGUGCAAGAAGUCUGCAGGAGUUCAGCAUAGAAGGCAAGCUGUUGCAUUACGGAUGAUGUAGUAUUUGUUGCCUCAUCAAUAGUGGAAUGUCAGUGAUGGAGAGACUACUCAUUGUGUGCUGUCUCUUAGUCAUUGUACAAGAGUUAUUGAGCAAGUGAGAUUUCUUACUGCCAUCAACAGUCACAGAAUAUAAACAAAAUAUCUUUAAUGACAGAUGUGUAUUAUUAAAAUUUUUUGGUGCACUCGCCGCAUUAAGUUCCUAUAAAAGUUGAAGCUUUUGACAAAAUCCACCAUUUUCUUCAUCAGUUGCUUUCUGAUGAAGAAGAGCUCAGAGUUCUUAUAGAAAAUUAAUUUGACAAGUGCACCAAGAAAAUUUCAUACACUAGGAGAACAUGUUUAUUUAAAAGCUUUAGCAGAAAUAGAUACAGCUGUUAUUCAGCAAUCCCUUAACAUAUUCACACUGCAACUGAGAUACUUGCAACUGAUGCACAGUGCAUACCAACAGAAUGGCAUGACCAAACAUCGGUGGGGGUACACUAGGUAGAACACGAACAUGAUGUCACAUUGUACAACUUAAUAUUGGAGGUCAACUGAAAUUGUUAGUACUGCUACUGUACACACCACAGGUGAUAAGAAACUUCAGUUCAGUGGACAUCGUUGUUUUGGACUUUCUACAGAAAGUGUAAUAAUGAUGUCCUAGAAUUGAUAUGAUCACCCAAAAUCAAAGACAACCUGAAGAUGGUGUACUCUAACACCUUAACAAUUUGUGUUUGAAUAAAACCAGUAAAUGCAGCUGAUGGUGUUGUCCUCACAACUUACAGUGUGAUCAGAAACAGUCUGAAAACCUUGUAAGGUUAUUGCAGGGUAGGUUGUGCGGAGAUAUAAUUAUUAAGGAAAAAACUAGAUAUGUUCCACCUCUUUUGAGCUGAUCAGCAUUGAAGAUAGUCAAGCAGGCUGUAGUGUGCGCAAGUUCAAGUGAUCUGCCAGCUACUAUGUCACCAAUUGUGUUCUUUAUUCAGUUUGCUAAAACUUAACAACAGAGUGAUACAAAAAUUGGACAUGGGAUUAUAGUAAGGAUCGAACCUGAACCGAAGGCUGAGCAGUCUCGGGCACUAUCAUCUAUGCUAUGAGAACAACUGACACUAAUUAUAUCUGGCAGGCCAUUUAAAAUAAAUGCAUGAUGGCCUGAUUGACAGACUUCAAUGCAAAGUAACUCUGAAAACACACAAGGUACUGAAUUUUUUUCUUAACAAUUAUUUCUCAGCACAAGCUACUCUGCAGCACCCUGACAACCUUUUCAGAAUGUUUCUGAUCGCAAUGUGUAAGAUACAAUAACAGCUAUUAUCUCAGUGCUGUAAGUUGUGUGACACUGGCAGUCUUGCUGCAGUUUGUUCCUCGAGAAUACCAGAGAUUUGCUGGCAGUUGUCUUUGACAGUUACUCUUGGACUCUCACGGCAGUAAUAUACAGAGUUUUUCAACAGUUAUAACUUUUGAGAGAGAAAACUGCAAAGUCCUGUAAUCUGAAAACAAUGGUUUAUAGAAUAGGAUAGAUUGCUGCUCACCUCAUAGAGGAGUCACCGAGUGUCAGACAGGCGCAUUGAAACAACACCUGCCUUCAACUACUGCUUCACGGCCAAUCCCAUCUGAAUUCCUCCCACCAGUACCCGGUUUUCUGAAUUGCAAAGGCAUGACCCCCUGGCCACCACCUGCCUCUGUCUCCUCCUCUGCUCUCACCUCGGUGUGAUCAGAUAGCACAGUAUGCAGCGCAGGACCCCUUGGUAGAGUCCCUGCAUGGCAAACAGUUUUAAUUCAUCACAAACAAUUGUUAAUGAUACAAGGUUACUCAUAAAUACCUGUGGUACAUCACAAGAUGACUGCACAAAAACUACAAGAUGUAUAGAAAAACGACAUCAGUGGAUAGAGCAUCAGUCCAAGUUUGGAUUCGUCAUAUGUGCUGUGGUAUAGUUGAAGAGUGCAUCACUGAGGGGCAGGUGUGUCAGAACAUAUAGACGGGUCAUCCUUUCUGUACUGCCACAUUUAUUAGCUCAUACCUGCAAGUAGGCAACCUAGUGAACAGAUUUCCAAGGUGGACUGCUGUCAUUGCACCUUCCUGGGUGGCAGUGACUUCAGUGAAUUGAUACUAGAAUGGUGAAGUUUCUGACAUCCCUAAAACUGUGGAAAGGGGCCAUUUUGAGCCCACAUAAAUUUUUUUCAUGUUGACUUUACUACUGUAUUUUAUUGUGCACUAAUGCCUAGCUUUUUGCGAGUUAUAUCAUUGAUUAUUUAACACUAUUAUUAAAAUAUUACUUAUGUAUUUCAACAACAAGAAAAUCUUACCGAUUUAUCAUUGCUGGUGCUACCAGGUUUCCUAAACUGUUGACUUUCAUAUACUGACAAUUUGUAGAAGGUUCUAGGCAUAUUUAACAUAUUUGGUCCAUAUUAUACACACGAAAGUUCUAUCCGUGGCUCCGUUGUACUUUUUACUCAAGUCAUUGGACUGUGCUAGAUGCUCUUAGCAAAGAUGAUUUCUGUUUUACACACAUACAUUUCCUGCACACAGCUUUGUGGCACUUUAACAGCUGUCAUUGGCAUUGUUGACUUUGCAGAAGCAGAUUUUACACUACUACUGCUUUGUAGAUGAUUUUGAUCCCGUAUUCUCUUCUUUUAUCUGUUCUUCUUCCUGCUCUUUCUCUCCUUUGAGUUCAUAUGUUAGCUGAAAAAAUAACUUUUUCCUCUCAUUUUCUUGUUCAUUACAAUUUUGUAGAUGACUCGUAUUUAUUGCUGCCAUGCCCAACAAGUAGAAAGACAUGCACCAGCCAAGUCCUGCAUGCAACCUUUGCAGUUUGUUUACAGGUCAUUUGAUCAAUUACAUCCACUCUAUGCUUUGCAGCAUUGUAGAAUGUUAUGGUUUCAGGCUUCUUGUUUCACUCUUUGGUUACUGCUACUUCAACAUGCAGUAUACUCAGAAGAAUGAUUUUUUCUCCUUUUCUUGAUGUACAGUCUUUGUUUCCAGUCUGGUGCAACAUGGGUGUGGAAAGUAUUUCAGCAUUUGGCUUCUCUUCCUCAGCAGGAAUUUCAUGAUGUUCAUUGUACCAGCUAAUGAAGUUCCCUUUUUUUUUAAGCUGCUUAGCAAGUUGAAAACACAUGACAGAGUUGUCUAUUAUCACAUACCUUCCUCAGUUUAGAAAUGUCUCAAUGAGAUGUAGAACAAUGUACUCGCCAAACGGUUGCUUCACUGUCAACAAUCAAAAAUGUGAGACUGUGUUUGUUGGGCAUGAAUUGCCUGAACCUGCAUCUUACACCUACCAAUUUUUCCACUUCCUCGACUGACACAGUAGAGUCCCCCCACCCCCCUCCCCUCUUUUUUAAGUACUUUUCAAGCACUAGAUUCCAUGUGUUUCUUCACGGGAGUGUAGCAUUGCUUUGUAAAAAGAAAGACAGAUUGCAGUUAUGACAGAGGCAUCCACCCAUUGGCAAGAGUACAAGUGUCAGGACCUCUUCUCCUUUAGAAUGUUCUCAGCCAAUCUUCAUCCAGUAAAUAGAAAAUUAGCAAUCUUCCACUUGGUUACAUCUGUAGUGACUAUCUUUGUAGAGGCAUUCAACUGGGCCUGCUGUGGUGGAGGAGGUGAGGAUUGACAUAGAGCAGCAUCUAAAUCCUCUUCCACUCAUCCUUCCUGAUUCAUCAGUUUCUGAUUCAGCAUCAGAAUUUUCUAAGAGAUACAACGUUUCUUCAUCAGAACGUCCAUGCUGACAAGACUUGUUUGAAAAUGUCUGUCAUACAGGAACUGUUGCCUGAACAGCACAAUGUACUAUAGCAGAUUGAAAUGUGCAUGUGCCAAGAUGCAACAACAUUCAGUAACAACUCUGCACAGUUGUUGAUUAUUCCCACUUUGUAGUUGUAUUAUUUACAUAUAUUUGCAAGAGAUAUUACAGUGGUGUCAAAUUGACGACUUCUAGUUAUAUUGAAUGAAAUGUCCAAGGAAAUAUAGAGAUAAAUGGUUGUAGCUCUGUCAUAAGUUGCAUUAAGAAGCACCCUAUUUAUUUAUUGAUGCUGACUAGUUUCAGACACCUAUGUCCAUUUUCAAACCAUCCCUAUCUCAAGUGUGACAAUGCAGGCAAAAACCUAUGUAUAAAAAUUACCCCUGCAGCGAUGAUCAAAGUGACACUAUGGCCGACUCACAAAUAGUAAAUAGACCACAUAGGACAGAUAUUGGAGAUUUAAUGCAACUUAUAAAACAAGCUGUGGAUCUAUUUUCACCUGCAGCAUGCUGCAAGGUUGUAAAGUAUAAAUAUUAUGUAGAUCCUAAUACAUCAUCAUAAGGAGGAGAAAAGAUUAGAAGUUGUAUUAUUUCAUGAACAAACUAAAAAGAAAUUGGAUAUUACAUUGAGAAAACGAAAAAAAGGUCAUCUUUACCCCCUCUACUGUUCUAGUGUUAUGCACAUAUUUACAUUUGCUGUAGCAUACAAAUGCGCCCAUACUGAGCACUUGUAAUGUUAUAGAGAUGCUGUAUCCACUGAUAUGCGCCUUUUUUUUAUAUAUAUCUUGUGGUGCUUUUGAAUAAUGUCAUAUACACGCAGAUGCAUUGUUGUAAUGCAGAAAUUACUGAGUCUCUUCCACUCACAAGUCUCCUGUUCUCAAGAAUCUGUGUCUUAUGUAAACUUGAAGUUAUAAUAUUUUGUUUGAUAAAUCAUAUAGAUUACAGCGAGAGAAAUAAUCUGUGUGAGAGGCAAAUGCAAUAUUUCUGAGUGUUGACAGAAUUGUAAACAGAAUGGACUCGUGCACCUCUCUCCCGUGAUGACUGACCAUUUCUCAGUCCACGAAUGCCAGUGUGCCAACUUCUCGGCAGUAAAGAUUUGUCAGAUGCUAUAUACGCUUAUCGACAGCUCAUUUGUCUGUGCUGACUCCUUCCACUGCUGCCUUAAGUUAACACACUCCCAAUUAGACUGACAAUGGGCCUAAUAAAUAUUUUGGCAUAUUUAUUGACAAAUGUAGUGCUUGCUAUAAGUCCUGAGUGUAAUGAUAAGGCAUUAUUUGAAGUAUAGCACAGUGUCUUUUGUUUACAGUAUUAGUGAGUAAUUAGCUGCAUCAGUACAAAUGUAGAAGUGGUAUACUCAUUCAGGUAAAGAAAAACCAUCUGGUAUGACAAGAUCUCCAUUUUAACAAGCUAUUAAGAACAAGUACUGUUUGACUGUAACUUGGCACUGCACUCACUGCAGUGUAGGUUUCAUUCUGUUACAUUACAGUGGAAGCUGAUGCAAUUCUAUGUGCUCAAAACUUACUGCAACAGUAAGUCUUAAAAUUUAUGCUUCAAAAUUUUUAUCGAAAGUGACAUCGUGAGCCUUCAGAUAAACUGUGUCACAAUUUUUAUACCUGUGGCAGGAGUAUACAAGUAACUUACUUUCCGUACUAAUAGUUGUAACAUCGAACAAAGAGGAUUAGUCGUGUUACUUGCCCACCUGGUUAUUCUUCAAAUGCUGUAUUUUAUAGAUCUUCAGACUCUCAAAGUGGUGCUUUCUAAUCUGUGUGAUGCAGUGAACAUUGUGGUCUCAAAAUGGGUGCCUUUUCACUUGUGUUGUGAAGUAUGGCUCCAAGGGAUGCCACUGGGAGAAGGAAGAAGACCUAAACUGACCAUGAUGAGUCUGUUUAUCAGUGGACAGAGUAAGUAGUGUUAGAGAGAGCUUUACAUGUGAUGCCAGGGGCAGGUGUGUUAAAUGAAACGAGAUUUUACUUAACUGCAGGUUAUUCUUUCCCACUGUAAACUUUGCUGUUUAAUUUAUAUAUAUUGUAUUGGAUUCGGUUGGGUUCUCUAUAGCACAUGUGUGGUUUGAUCAUUAAUGUGCCAUAUUAUAAAUAGGGAAGAGCAGAUUUCGAAUAUUAUAUGAUGAUGAUGAUGCUGUCCCCCCACCUUUAAUGUGCACACCUAUUUGUCUAGUGCACAAUGAUAGGACAUCUGGUCAUACAUUGUUCAGGUUCCACAAAGAUUGGGUAUUCUGUUAAGAAGAUUGGAGGAAAACAAGAGCAGGCUAUUUCUUAUUAGCCACUGCAAUGCUAAUCCAAUAUUGGGGUAAUGGGCUAUUUCUUUUAUGUUCAGAGAAAAAACUUAAAAACACUUUUGUAUCUGAUGUGGAAGGUGUUUUUUGUCUCAAUGUAUUCCUCCUCCACAUUAUCCACCUUAACCUCUGAUAAUGAAUUUGUGUACCCCCCUGUCGAUGAGAAUAUUUUCUAAAUGUUUACGAAUUGUGUAAGUGAAGCAGGGAUAUGGGGAAACUGCCCAAAAAUAAACCCUUGACUGGCUGGCACACUGGCUAUCAUCAUUAGUCUGCUGGGCGGAUUUGACCCGGGGCUGCCACACCUCCCCACGGGUGCCUAAAUGUAUACCACUGAUAUUUGUAUAUAAAGAAUAAGUCCAAAUCAGUGUACUAAGCUUACUGCUUAACACACCAACUACAAGCUGAAUGGUUGUGUUUAUUACGUCAAGCCAUUGAGGGUGAGGGGAUGGCUCAUGAGAGUGAAGAAGGCUCCAAUACCUUACACUUGAAUGGCAGUAGGUGAAAAACAGAGCACAGAUUCGCAAUUGAAUGAAGAUCUCUGUGAUGUACAUAAAAAUUUCAAAAGAAAUAUUACCUGAAUGAGUUUACUGAUGUAGAUUAGUGUCACACAAUAUAGUUCUGUGUGUGUUAUCAGACAAACAUUAUAAGCAAAUCAAUCAUAUCAUAGAACUGAACCAAAGGAAUUUAACUGAUUGUGAUAUGUGACCUCUUAGUGUACUUCAUUACUUAAAGCUUUAAGCAUGCUUGAUUAUGAAAAUGUGGACUUUGAGUGUGCCAAAGGUAUUGUAUGAUAAUAUUGUAACUUUCUAAUGAUGGUUGUGAUCUGUACUGAGAGCUAUACCUAUUCUUUCACUUAUUUUAUAACUGUCAGAAUACAUGUACCACAUAAGUGGAUUUUAAUGGGAUUUGCACAGUGUUUGUAAAUACAUGUGGAAAAAGAAAUGUUUUAUUGAGUAAAUUUUAUUAUCUCUUUUGUACUUUACAAAUUCAAGGUACAUAGUAUAACAACUCUACAGUUACAAAUAUCACUUACAUUCUAUAUAGAUCAAGUACAUAAAUGUAUAUUGUUCAUUUUUAUUAUUUUGUAAGACUGCCAAACUUGGAACCAGUUACUUUUCAGUUCAGGUAUUUUUUGUAGCAACUGCAAGUCACUGUCGUGUUCAUGAAAUCCGUUGCACUGGAUUCUAUAUGAGGUGCUAAUAAAUAGCUUUGUGGCCCCACUGCUGAAAUUUCAAUGACAUUUCUGCGGACACACAAUAUUUUUAUUCACUUGCAGUGUUCCCAUGCUUUAACUAAAUCUGUGGGCAAAUAGCCAAGCCAACUGAAGUUCAAUGACACAGAAUAACUGAGACCAUUUUCUCAGUGUCUAGCAAAGUGAGAAAUAAGUAUCUGUGGGAUACUAACUACAAAAUGGAGGUAUGAUCACAACAAAGAAAUCAACACUCAGUAUUGUUGCAGUGAAACUGUAAAAAAUCUUAAAAUACAAUAAUGAGCAACACUGAUGUCAAAUUUUGGCUGUAUGUACAAAUGAGCAUUGAAACAUUUGAGCUGGUGGUUUAAAAUCUUCAGGCUGAU